UCUGAAUUCUGAUAAGCGAGAGCGAGAAAGAUAAGAGAAGACGGAAGGUUUUCAGAAAGUCAUGUUUCUUGAUCCCCUUCCGUCCAUCUGCAGAUCCCUCCAUCUCCGAGAGCUGCUUUGAAAUCUCUCGUUUAUCUUUGAAGGGAGAUUAGGGGUUGGGAAGAAGAAAGGAGGAAGAGUUGGAAGGGCAAAAACGGCUAUAACAAGGGUAAAGCGAGGUGAGGCACAUGUCCGAUCGGUACGACGCAGGGGUUCGGUAACUCAGAGCAGCCCUGGUGCGCACGGCGGACGUGGAGCCUUGCCUUCCGAAGGCGGAAGCCCUUCUGAUCUCUUGUUUCUUGCCGGAGGCGGUCCCUUUUCUCCCAUCUCCUUUUAUUUUCCUUUUCCUCUCCAGCUUUUAUAAUUACAUAGAUAGAUUGUAAAAAAAGAGAAAUCUAGUCAUCGUCUUCGUCGUCGCCGUCGCCAUAGUUAUUGUAGCUAUGUUAAGUAUAAAGAGGGUAGCUACGAUGGUAUCGAACCACCAAAACGAGGAGGAAGAAGAGGAGGGAGGAGGAUGUGGCCGGAAUUGCCUUGGCAAGUGCUGUCUUCAUGGGGCCAAGCUUCCGUUGUACACCUUCAGGAAGACAGAUACUGAGAAGGAUUUGGAUGGUGAAGAUCAAGAGCCUCACCUUCUCGAAACCUUGCUUCUUGGAGAGUGGGAGGAUCGCAUGCGCAAAGGGCUUUUCCGCUAUGACGUAACUAGCUGUGAAACCAAGGUGAUUCCAGGGGAGUAUGGUUUCAUCGCUCAGCUGAACGAAGGCCGCCACCUUAAGAAGCGGCCCACAGAAUUUCGAGUGGACAAAGUCCUCCAGCCCUUCGACGAGAGCAAAUUUAACUUCACAAAGGUGGGGCAGGAGGAGGUGCUCUUCAGGUUUGAGGAGAGCAGUGACGCCAAGGCCCAGUAUUUCAAAACUGCCAGCAUCCAUGCCAGUAGCUCUCCAAAUGUUGUUGCCAUCAAUGUGAGCCCCAUCGAGUAUGGCCACGUUCUUCUGAUUCCUCGAGUCCUCGAGUGCUUGCCCCAAAGGAUUGAUCCCGAGAGCUUCUUGCUUGCUCUUCACAUGGCGGCUGAAGCAGGGAAUCCAUACUUCAGGUUGGGAUAUAACAGUCUAGGUGCCUUUGCCACCAUUAAUCAUCUUCACUUCCAGGCUUACUUCAUGGCGAUGCCCUUCCCCAUCGAGAAGGCUCCAACUCAGAAAAUAACGACUGUCAAGGGGGUAUUAGAAAGUAGGGUGAAGAUAUAUCAACUGUUGAAUUAUCCAGUGAGAGGGCUGGUCUUCGAGGGUGGGAAGGCCCUGAAAGAUUUAGCUGAUGUGGUCUCCACUGCUUGCAUUUGCCUUCAAGACAGCAACGUUCCUUACAAUGUCCUCAUUGCUGAUUCUGGCAAACGUGUAUUCCUCUUCCCACAGUGCUACGCCGAGAAACAGGCUCUCGGAGAAGUGAAUCAAGAGCUUCUAGACACCCAAGUGAACCCAGCAGUAUGGGAAAUCAGCGGCCAUAUGGUGCUAAAGAGGAAAAAGGACUAUGAGGAGGCAUCUGAGGAUAAUGCUUGGAAGCUCCUUGCAGAGGUCUCCCUCUCUGAAGAGAGGUUCCAGGAGGUGAAGGCUUGCAUCUUAGAAGCCAUUUCAGCAUAUGCCAAAGGAGUUGGUAAGCCUACUCACCAAGAGGAGGAUGAAGAAACCGAAGCUGUGAACCAAGGCCACCGCCAGGCCAUGACUCCCAUGAAGGAAAAAUGUCUUUUGCUUCAUUGAAAAAAUAUAUAAAAUAGAAAGAAGGAUGAAUGGGUGGUAUUGGUUGUGAUUCCCUAGUCAAGUUUGCAACCUGUCUUGAUAAAUAAAGUGAAAGAUACCUGUUUACAUUCUAGAGAAGCAUGUAAUGGGUAGUCUUUCACUGUUGUUAUUGUUAUUGCUUGCUGCUGCUGCUGUUGUGGUUGUUGUCUAUCUCUAGUUUGGUUUGUAUUUGUAGUGUUUCAAGUAUAAACCUUGUUCUUAGUCUAAUGAUAAGAACUUAUGAUUCUGUGU